UGUUUAAAGGUCUGUGAAGGCAGUUCAUUUUGUGAAACCCAACCCUACUGCACUUGAAAAGAACAGCAACCAGAGGAGGAUAACAACUCACCCGUACUCUUAAUUGAUCUGGUAUUUCUACGAGGUGCCACCCUUUUCCACACCUCCUGCCUCCUCCUUAAGUGACUCAGCCUCUGAAGGAGAAAUCUCGACUUUUCAGACAGCUGGAUGGGGAAGAACAGUUCAGCUCUCUGUCUGCUUUGAUUGUGCCUCCCUUCCAGGCUGACUAACCACACUGAGCCACGCUAGGACACUAACUUCUACCAUACCUAGACUCCCGCAGAAGGACGGAACAAUCCCGCGGAACAAAUGUCAGCUUUCAGCAUACGGAAACAGUCUCCUCACCAAAGCGAUAAGAAGAGCCCCUCUGUUGCAAUUAAAAGCAGACAACAGGCUACUCAUGAUAUUAACAAACGACGGACCCUUUUGCAAGAUAACAGCUGGAUAAAGAAGAGGCCUGAGGAGGAAAGUGCUGAUGAAAACUACGGAAGGGCUGUGCUUAACCAAUACAAAUCCCAAGAUAGCCUACACAGUAGCACAAAUGAAAAGGAAGAUCAGAAAGCUGUACUUGGACGAUACAGAUCUGACACCACCUUGGACAGAAUUCCAGCUGGAAGUGAUAUUGAUAAAAUCAAUAAGUCCCCAACUCUGAACCAUAAACAAAACAACAGACAAUCUUGGACUCCUAAUGCAGUAUCCACAAACAUUGCAGUCACUUCUCCAAUCAAGAAAAAGAGGCAAUCUUGGAUGCCUCCCCCAGUUUCGAGUAGUAAGACUCCGACAGAAACAGUGGAAAGCCAAGGAACCACUUCAGAAAAUUCAGAGGCUCCAACAACAGCUGCCCUUCCAUCAGCACAGGUGACACCUCAGAAAUCAAAGACUGAUGUGGAUGAUCAAGCUACAGCAAGGAGCCAAGGCCUUGAUAACCUCAGCAAGGCGAAUUCAAGUUCCUUCACAAGUGACAAGGAGGGAAAAGACCUUUCGGAUUUGGCUGAAAAAAAUACUGCUGAUCAGAAACAUAAGAGCGAUGAGGACCUUGGGGAUCACACUGAAGUAAAGUCUGCUGAUGACCAAAGUAAAAAGUGGAUAAUUGAGAAAGGAUAUGAAAAUCCUCCAAGGGCUCCAAAUAGUCUCCCAGAAACAAACUGCUCUAGUGACAGUAAAAAAAAGAACAGCAAAUCAUCACUUGGUGUCUAUGAAGAAAAUAUAACUGGAAAUACUAUCAAAACUGUUUAUUCUACUUCUGAUCGGAGUAUAAUUGGAAAAGAUAUAUGUACAUACUGCAGGAAGCCCUUGGGCAUAGAUGCCAAAAUGAUCUUAGAUGCCUUGCAAAUUCACUGUCAUUCGACUUGCUUCAAGUGCGAAGUAUGUAAGAGACCUCUGGAAGAUCUGAAAGCAGGAGACAGCAUUUGGAUUUAUAAACAAACUGUGCACUGUGAGCCUUGUUAUUCCAAAGUUAAAGAAAAAUGGAUCUACUAAUUUUGAUAUACAGAAUAUAUGAUGAAGACGUUACUAUUGUUUAGUUAACUGUAUUGGCCUGAUAAUUCAAAACACUGUGGGAAAUUAUUCAUUUUUACUGCUGGGAAUUCUCUGAAUGAAGUCCUACUGCAUGGUUAUCAAAGGAAUUAAUUUAAUGAGAAUUAAGAUGCAUUUUCAUACACACAUUGCAGGAAGCAAAACAAGAUACUGGUCAGUAUAUUUACCAGAUCUAUGAAACUACUAAAUUGUAUGUAAAAUCAAUGAUAAUUUAUUGAAAUUUUCUGAAUGUCAGGACAUUCCUACACAUUUUUUUUUAAAAGGCUGUAUUCCCUUUUCCUCCAAUAUAAAGUUCUGUGCUUAAUAAAACAUGUAUGGGAGUCACCUUAUCAAGAUUAGCCAUUUAGAAGUCAGCUAUUCAGUUUAAACUGCUGUUUUCAUGCAGAAGGAAGUGGGUUCAUACUGCACCUUCAACCUCCAGAGAAAGGUUCUUCCCAAGUAACUUAAAUGAUAAAUUUGAGAUGGAACAACUCAUCUUUGGAAAAUGCAUCUCUGCAACUGCAGAAGAAUUCUAGACAAAAAUUGCUAGAGGGAUUUAAGUAAAACCACCCCACUCUAUGUUUGUAAUUCUGGUAACUAUUUAAUGACCAUUUUUUAAAGAAGUGCACACUAAAUAGUUGCCAUGAAAUAAUGAAAUAUAUAUUUUGCAUGACAUUAUAUUGUAUUUAUAUUUCCUACUUUAUUAAAUUGACUAUCUAAACACUUUGGAUGGGUUCAUCUUGCUUAAAUUUAUACAUCUACAGUGUAGACUUCUUUUUCUGAGUUACUUGAUUGAUCCUAUCUUAUAUAGAGAAGCAGACAUUUUUAGGAGGUAAUUCAAUUGGUCAGAUUGCAAACAUCUAUUUUACUGUGACUUUAACCAGUGUACAUCUAUCUUACUUCCAUGGUUUGCAAAGGAACCUGGAAUGAACAGCUCAGAUUUGUAGACAUCUACACUAGGUCAGAUAUGCUCCUUCCUUUGAGACUAGAGUGAAAGCAUUUUUUUUUUCCUUUUGGAGAGUGUAUGUAUAUACAAGUAUAGAAAAUGAAAGAAGAAUUCAUGCACUGUUAUAAUAUGUUGCCUAAAAUCAAUAGUUCAGUAGCUUACUGGACAGACAAAGGUAUUGACUGCUAGUCUUUGUCAUGAGUUGCUUUCGUUUAUGAUUAUUCAGAACUGAUUUUUCUGCCUUACAUCUCAGUUUAAAAGGACUUCCUGGAUAUGACCAUGACAGAGUUAGUGUUUGGAGGCUGGUGGACCUAGGCAAGAGCUUAAAGGCAUACAAAGUAUUAAAGUCAUAGAUUAAUAAGACUGGUGAGUGGCUGUCCCAGUCAAACUCUCCUUGAUUGCACAUUUCAUAGGGGAGGCAGGAGGAUGUCUGUGUAAUUUAAACCACUGGGCGUGCAGCUGAGUAAGGAUUUUGUCUGCCUUAAAGGAUGUUCAAACUGAUUAUGGAAUGGAGACAUGAGACAGUAGAUUUUUUUUUUUUUUGUUUUAUGAAAAUCUUAUGAAUUAAUGUCAGUAACUCUAAUAAAUCUUUAAUUAUUGAUA